AUGGGCCCCUGUACCGCCUCCUCUUGCUGCUGCCAGGCCCGUAAUCUGCCAUGGGCCCCCGUACCGCCUCCUCAUGCUGCUGCCAGGCCCGUAAUCUGCCAUGGGCCCCGUACCCGCCUCCUCAUGCUGCUGCCAGGUCCAGAGUGUCUCAUGGGUCCCUGUACGGCCUCCCAUAUCUGCUGUCUCCAUCGCCACACUCUGCCAUGUGCCACUUUCAGGUCUCCUCACACUGCUGGUAGGUUCCAUUUUGUCAUAGGGUGCUGUAUGGCCUCCCAUUGCUGCUGCCUCCACCGCCACACUGUGGCUCCACACUCUGGUUUUGGCCCCGUGACUGCCCAAAUGAGUGAAGUGUGCGGUGAUUCUAAGAUCGACGGCACUCAUCUGCAUGUCAUACUGACUGACAGUAUUAUUUCUCUUCCCCAGCAGACUCCAAGGGCAUUUAAAUUAAAGGUACAGUGUUCUGCACUAAUAUAA